AUGAUCGUAUAUGGCAAAGCUUGCCAUCUUCCGGUAGAAUUGGAGCACCGAGCGUUUUGGGCUCUUAAAACCGUGAAUUUAGAUCUUACUCCCACGGCUAGGAGAAGAUAUUUCCAAAUCCAUGAGUUAGAAGCACUUAGAGAUGCGGCGUAUGAGCGUUCUUGGAGUAUCAAAAAGAAAACAAAAGCGUUGCAUGAUAGAAAGCUUAAAGGGUUGAAGGAGUUUAAAGUUGGUGAUAAAGUGCUCCUCUAUAAUUCGAGGUUUAAGUUGUUUCCUGGGAAGUUGAAGUUGAAGUGGACGGGACCGUAUGUCAUGAAGGAAGUGUUUCCGCAUGGUGCGAUUGAGCUAUACGAUAAAGCUAGUGAAAGCUCAUGGAAAUUGAAUGGCCACCAUUUAAAGAAUUACUUAGGAGGGCCGAUUAACAACACCGAGAAAGAGGAAACUCCUCUCGAAGAUCUUCCGAACAUCACCGUUUAG